UUCCGGGCCGGGCCGUACGGAGGGGCGACGUUGCUGUGGGCGCAGCAUCCCGAGAUACAAAGAAGACGCAACAAUGGCCGAUAUAUCCCUCUAUCUCACCAACGUUAAUGUGUCGAUAGGACGGAACAUGGACGUGCGGCCGAAUCAGAGUCCAAACCCUCCCAGCGACUUUGAGAGUGUGGAGCUGGAGGAGCUGGAUAAAGGAGUGCAGCAGAAGGAGAAGGCACCCCGGCGGAUCAUCCAUUUUUCCAGCGGUGAGACGAUGGAGGAGUACAGCACCGACGAGGAGGAGGAUGGAGAGGAGAAGGAGCAGGAGAGGAAGGACCUGCUGUCCUCCCCGGUCGAUGCGGUGAGGUCAAAGAUGACCUGGGGGCCUUACUUCUGGUUCCAUAUGUGGAGAGCGGCUACGUCCACCAUCUCAGCUUGCGAUUACCUCGGGGAGAGGAUGGCCUCCCUGUUUGGGAUAACAUCAGCCAAAUAUCAGUACGCCAUUGAUGAAUACUACAGGAUAAAGAAAGAGAGGGAGGAAGAGAAAGAGGAAAACCGUCUGUCAGAAGAAGCUGAGAGAUCCUUUGAACAGCUACGAUCCCGGGAAGAGGUGGACGAGCCGAUCACUGUGCCAGACCGCGUGGAGGAGGAGGCGGCGACCGCUCGCCCUGAUGUCACCUAUCAGGUGGAGAAUGAAAAUCAGGCAGCUCCGAGCACCAUCCGAGUCCCUGCCAUCGUGACAGCAACCUAACCAUCCCUGGAAGAAGGAGAAUCUCCUCCCGGUGUCUGUUUUUUAAAGCAGGAACACUGUUUUGGUUUGUGUACAGCACAGCUUUAGAUGGGCGGCACUGCUGCUUUGUGGUCGAAUGGCGGUGACAGCAGAGGUGCAACAGUGCAGGAAUUAACUCCUGGAUAACAUGUAGCUUAUUUUGAUCUUUGAAUAAAUUCAAAUUAACAAGAGGUGUAUUGUUAAAAAGAGCGAGAGAGAAAUAUAGCUUGGGAAGAUGUUACGUGCCAACUGCUAACACAGUUUUCUUUCCAUCAUUUGCCUUUUUAGAGCAGGUUUCCACUUUGAUAAGUUAAUCCAGUGUACAGUGAAGCUUAAACGUUGCUCCCUUGUGCCUCCACCGGUACUGUGCCUAAAUCACUGAUACAGCCAAGUCAGCGCCACGUGUUGUCAUUGCAGACAUAAAACAGCCUUGAAUUUAGUGAGCGCACUCUACACUGGAUAACGUGUUACACGUAGGUUUUAUAGUUUUUGUUGUUCUUGGAGCACCAGGCUGCACCAAACAGCUGGCCUUCCUAACACCCCUCACACGCUGAUUGGUUCUCUGUUUUUGUGUUGAUGUGUAUUAAGCCUGCGUUACGUUUAAUGUCUGUGGAAGCACUGAGCAGAUUUAGUCCUGGUUAUCAGAACAACUACGGAUCACAGGACUGACAUCUAAUUUAAAAAACCAGUGGAAACAGGUUUAGCUGAUCUGUGUGGCUCUUCUGCAUCAUCUACUGUAAAUGUGAACACAGUAGAUGUGGCGCGUAAGCCUUUGGUAAUGGCAGGGAGCAUUGUGACACUAAGUCUGCAAAAUGACUUAUUUCUAACUGUUUUUAUUACCAUUUUUAUAUUUAUGUAUUUAUUUUACUGAACUGACUGAGCACUUAAUUUUGGGAUUUUUCUAUUGUUUUACAUGAUAAACUGUUAAUAAAUUUAUUGUCUGACUUUUA